AUGUCUCUCGGAGGUUCCUCGUCCACAUCUAUCAACAGCGCUGCUCGAUCUAUGAUCAGCGCAGGUGUCUUCCUGGCAGUUGCCGCUGGUAACAACAAUGCCAACGCGGCCAACUACUCCCCAGCCUCCGAGUCCACGGUCUGCACGGUUGGAGCUACCGAUUCGAAUGACGCUCGUGCCUCUUUCUCCAACUACGGCAGCGUUGUCGAUAUUUUCGCGCCCGGCGUCGACAUUCUAUCAUCAUGGAUUGGAAGCACCACCGCCACCAACACCAUUUCCGGCACCAGCAUGGCCACUCCCCACAUCACUGGUCUCGGUGCAUACCUCCUGACACUCUUCGGCGCUAAGACGCCUCAAGCCCUUUGCACAUAUAUCCAGAGCAUCGCCACUUCCGGUGUCCUGACCAAUAUCCCUAGUGGAACCGUCAACUUGCUGGCUUUCAACGGCAACCCAUCUGGUUAA